GGCUACCCUGCCUUUCCUUACGCUGAAGCACCGACUACCUCUAGGGAGGGCACCAGGAAAGCCGAGACUAACCCAAGAGGAAGGGAGGCUUCCUCUUAGUUUGGUCUCAGCCACAUCUUGCUCUACCCACCCACCUGACAGCAACUUAUCGCUUUGCGCUCGAUGGUGUCAUCAACAAAUCGUCGAAGUGACCGGCUUCUGUUUAAAGAGAGGACUAAAAGCGCAUCCAAAACAUGAAGAUGAGACGAUUUCUGCUUUGGAAAGCUCUGUGCUGCCUCGUGUUGCUGCCCCUGUGUGUGGGGGGUAAGAGAGUUGUCUUCAUGCCUUCGCCUUUCACCAGCCACACCAACUACCACACGAACGUAGCGCGGACCCUCGCCAGGCAAGGUCACGAGGUGUGGUUGACCAUGCCCGACUACAUCGUCAACAGGCGGGUGUUGGACACGACUAACGUGACUGUCAUCGAGUAUCAGACAUUGAUAAACGUUGAGGAGAUUAUGACGGCCGCUUUCGCCGGCAACUAUUUUAAAGGAUUGUCUGAUGAUUGGAGUGUGGUCAUGUCUAGUGGCUUAAAAUUUUGUGAUACUCUUCUUACGAACGCUUCUUUCUUCCAGAAGCUUAAGGAACUGCGUCCAGAUCUUUUCGUUUUCGACAGUGUACGACUCAUGAACAUGAUGACGAUAAUAUCAUAUAGGCUUGAAGUGUCUUUUGCCUUUCUUGGAACAUCUUACGACCCGUACUACCAGCGAAUAACUUUACAACUUUGUAACAUACCAUUGUUAAUUUUUAGUUACAACCAUCAUAUGAGUUUUCUUCAGCGAGUUUUAACCAUUGCAAUUCAUGUAUAUUCCUCUGUAGUGGACGUAUUUUCCUACAAAGACGCAGUCAGUCGCUAUGCAUCAGAAAUGCCUUUCCUUACUAUAGACAUGCUUGUAGCAAGAGCUGAGAUCUGGUUGGUUGAGACGGACCACAUCCUAGACUACCCGAGACCAUCGAUGCCCAAUGUCAAACUAAUUGGAGGAACAGCUACAGGUCCUGGUAAACCAUUGCCACCGCAGUUCAAAUCUUUUAUGGAUGAUGCAAAAGAAGGAGUUGUUAUCGUAUCGUUUGGUAGUUACGUCCUCAGUCCACCAGAACCAAUUACACAAAAAAUCAUCGGUGUGCUUCAGAAUUUACCUUUUAAAUCCGUUUUCCGUUCCAACAUUUCGUCACCGAACUCAAAGAAGAUCCUGACGUCGUCAUGGAUACCUCAGAAUGACCUGCUGGCUCACCCCAACACUCGCGUGUUUGUCAGCCAUUGCGGUAAUAACGGUCAGUACGAGGCUCUGUUCCACGCCGUGCCAGUGGUGGCUACGCCGCUCUUUUGUGACCAGUUCUACAACGCUGAGCGCAUGCGCGUAAAGGGCAUGGCAGAGACUGUCGACCUCAACACCGUCAGUACACACGAGCUGCACUCCACCAUUCUCAAAGUGGCCACCAACACGAGCUACAAGCAGGCCAUCACCAAAGCCUCGGAACUGUUUAAAAUUGAAUUCGGUGUUCCUGUGGAGAAAGCGGCCUACUGGCUUGAUCACGUGAUGAAAUAUGGCGGCCGUCACCUUCGCUCGUCAGGUCAUGAAGUUCUUUUCUUACAAUUUUCAUGCUUAGAUGUUUAUGCUUUUCUGUUAACCUGUGUGCUGCUGAUACUGAUGAUAUCAAUAUGUUUGGUCUACUUUGCAUUAAUUGUUUUUCCUCGAAAUCAAAGCCAAAAAUAGAAUAAAAGACAGUGAACACGAUUGCAAAAAUCAAAGGUUCUGAAAAGAUUUUCACGCUUUGUUAAACUUACCGAAUUGAGUAAAUAUAAAAUCUAGCCGGUGACCAACACGGCCAAAAGAUGUUUUUUCCAAUUUUGCAAUUAACUAAGCAUAUUAAAGAAAUAUUUGAGCCCAAAGAAUCACCAUAUUUCUUUAAGAAAUAUGAGUUAUUUUAUUAUCGUGACUGAAGUAUUAUUGAUAAUACUCUUUAUGUUUUAUAUUUUGUGAACGUUGUACAAAAUGUUCAGGAUUGUAUUUAUAUUCUGAAAUAUUUUUUGUUCACUUUUUAAAAACCAGUUAAAAUUUAAACAUAUUAUUAUAAAACUGAAGUGUCCGAGGAUUACUAAAGUGAUCCUUGCGAAGAUUCUCCAAACUAUGUAAUAGUCUCUCAUUUUGUUCAGAAUCGAGUAAGUAUUUCUUGAUUGAUUUCCGUUUCGGAUGUGCUGUGAGCUGGUUUUGUAUUCGCCUUUUUAUCACAAUGGCAAAAAACAGAAAAAACCAAACCAAAAAUAAAAGCAACAACAACAGAAAACAAAACAAAACAAAACAAAACACAUUUGCAAUUAAGUUUUUACCUAUCAUUGACAAGACAAAACAAAUUUGAACAAAGUUAUUACCUUGCGGCAGCACUUAUAUAAGUGCAUGGUUGUUUAUGGUCUUCUUUAUAUGAUUUAUGUAAUGCGAAAAAUAUUUUGGAAAGCGCUGUAUAAAUUAUUAUUAUUCUAAUUCUAAUAAUAAUAACAAUGACAAGUAAAAGAAACACAUAGCUCGUGGAAAUUCCAGAUUACAUUUGUAUAUUAUCCUGUGACUAUUUUCAUCACGAGCAUGUAAUGUUUGAACAAGAAUCUAAUGAAUAAAUAAUACAAACAAAACAUAAACGCAACAACAACAGAAAACAAAAGACAAAUUGCAAACUACCAAAAUGUAAAGAAUUUUUUCCGAGCGAAAACCCUACUCAGUUUUUAAAAAAAAAUUCUUGUUAGUUGGACAUCGGCUUGCUAUGUAUUUACUCACAAUUGCAAUUAAGUUUUUACCUAACGAGAGCAAAGUCAGUUUCACCUCAGUAAUCGUUGAAGGCAUGGGGAAUUUUUUAUUAUAAUGACUAAAAUGUUCUUUUGUUUUUCUCUUUAAAACAAGUUUCAUUUUUAUGUCUGUUUUUACUGCGGUUUUUUCCCAUUUGCAUUUAGCCUUAUAAUGUUUACAGGGUUACAACAAUGUGCUGUUAGCAAAUUGUUUGAAACGUUUUUUACAAAAUGUGCAGAUAUGUGAUUAUAUUCUCAUCUUUGACAAGACAAAACAAGUUUGAAGAAAGGUAUUAUCUUCCAGCAGCACUUGAAUAAGUGGAUGGUCGUUUAUUAUGUACUUUAUAUGUGAUUUAUGUAAAGCGCUUUGAAAAUAAUAUUUUGGAAAGCGUUG